AUGUCGAGCACGUCGCGCAGCCAGAGCUCCUCCCCUGAUAUCCUCGGCCCUCCAGGCGAUGCCGACUACCUGAUCUCAUCCCCAAUUAAGCCUUUUACCGGUCGCCAGAGUUGGAUGUCUCCCGCCAUCGUCAGGCGUCAACAAACCCCCGCUAAACGUCGGCGCGUGAGCCUGAGUCCUGCGAAGAGCGCGCAUUCGAUUCGCUUCGACGAUGUCCUGCUGCCCGGGUCACCGACAAUGAAACUCGAUAGUCGCCAGCGCUCGCUCUCUCCGGAAAAAGGGCAGGAUGGCAAUGUGAGCCCAUGGCGCAUUCGGGUUACCCUUGAGGCUACACAGGACGAGGAAAACGAGAACGACGGUCGAAUUCGAGGGAGCCCGUCUCCCAAACGCCGUCGACCGUCCACCAUUACCAUGAAAGUGCCACUGAAGGAUGAGAGAAGCCCGCUGAAAGACAAAACCCCUGCGCGAAAACGUGGGCGCCCUCGCAAGUCCGAUCUAGCACCAAGCGGAUCGCCAUGGCCAAACAAAACGAGCCCGGGCAACACGCCGGGCACACAAGAAGGGAGCGCAGGGAAACGGAAACGAGGGCGGCCACGCAAAGGCACUCCGAAGCCAAAGGAACCUGGAUUUAUCCUCGCAGAGGAUGAACCAUCGCCAGUACCUCGGCCCAGCCCUAUGGACUUGACUGCUGAUGCUGGCGCUGCAGUCGAGGAUGCUCCAUUGAGCCCAAUCAAUAUGGCAGUGGACGAUGGGUUUGAAAGCGAUUCACUUGGAGCAGAUGAUCUACCGGUUGCGAAUCUCCGUCCGCCAACACCGGCACCAGCGCGUCACGAAAGCUUGGAUGAUAUCACUGGCCAUAAAUUUGGUCGUGCUACCUAUGAUACCCCAACAAUCGGCGCUACAGAGCACCAUUUCCAGGAUAAUGACGAAAACCUUAAUUCGACGCCUUCCAAGAUGCCAUCCCCGACCCGAGAGAGACAAGUGUCAUCUGCUCGGUCUAAUCAUCUAUCGCAUGUGGUUUCGUCACCACGGACAUACCCAAGUCCUACUCCAACUUCCUCGCUGGGCGAGGAAGAACACCAGACCGAAGAAGCCCCGGUGGAUCAAUACCUUGAAACAAUUAAUGAAGGCUUAGAAACAAACAUUCCAGAUUCUGGAGCCGUCGAUGAACACCCUGAAACCGAUCAUGUGGAUGAUGCAGACGAAGAUAAACAAGAGUUUGAUUCGAUUAUGGAGAGUGAAGGAUUCACAAUGAUAUCUUUGGAUACUCUCCCAUCUGUUAAGCAGCGUGGACUGGGUUCUAGCGCCCGAAUAUCUGGAGACGAUUCUUCGAAGAUCUUACGAGAUCGAGACAAUGGCCGGAUUGGAGACCGAUUAAAAAGGAAGCUUCCGGGCACAAUUCAGGACUUGCGGAGUGAUACUCAUAGCUCUGCGAAGCCAAGUCCAACUUCCAUGAACGUUUCAUCCGGAUCACAACGCCUGGCCAACCCACCAUCCCAGCUCUUUGCUCUCAAAGAUCAAAGUUCUAUGAAGGAAUUCUCAUAUCCCGAGCUACCUUCCGCUUUUUCACCGGGGAAACCGCUCAUUUCUUCCAAAAAGAUCACAGCUCCUAGCUUGGCCCGGAUCGUCCGUGUUGGCAUGGCUCUGCAAGGCCCAUUCAGAGCUCCACAAAAUGGGACGCCAACUAGCAGCAACACGAGCCGAAAAAGACGCCUUGAAACUGUAUUCAGUACAUUCAGUCCCGAUACACAGCGCGAACUGCGCGCGGCAGUGGGGUUUGGCCAGGAACUUGCAAUGCGUCGAGCUUUGCGCGAAGAAGAUCCUCUUGGUCCAGACAGUCAGGUUCCCGCCGACAAUCAAGGUUUUGAGGAGUCAAUGGGUGUCAAGAACAAUGAAGAAGCGGCUUGGAGUGAAGAUGAUGACGAGCCGAUCUUGGUUCAGCCAACAGGCACUGGUCAGAACGGCGUACCGCAUCAUAGUCCAGCAGCUGCCAGAGACCGAAAGUCCGAUGAUGGGCGACAGCCCGCACGUGGCAGGUCUGGUCGUGCCAGUAUGACAACAGAGUCGGCAUGGCAGCUUGUAUACGACGAAGCCAAUCGGGCCAAAGCUGAAAGAACAGAAGCGGCUUGGAAGAUGGUCUAUGAAGCAGCUGGUCGUGCCGGUCUAUCAGUAGAUGAAGCAUGGACGCGCGCCUACGAAAUAGCUGAACAUUCUGGCCUGUCAACAGAAGCAGCAUGGAAGAUGGUCUACAAUGAAGUCAACCGGGAUGAAGUUCAUAGUACAGAGGCCACAUGGAGGCGAGUCUACAAAGCAGCUGGCAGUGCCGGUCCAGCAAGCUCACCGGCAUGGCAGCAAGCGCGUGAAGGAGUGACGCGAGCGAGAGAAAAUGCAUGGCAGCAGAUUCGUCAAGCAGCCAGUCGCUCCGAAGAUCCAAACACAGAGGCCGCUUGGCAGCGGGCGCGUGAUGAAGUACGCCGUCAUGCUGAAGAUCCCGCCAAUUCCGAUCGACUCAUUGAAAUUGAGAGCGACGACAAUGCUUCACAAGAUGCAAGCGUCCAGAUGGACGAUAUUCCUGAUGUUGCGCAAUCCGAGCACGAAGCCGUCACGCAGGAUGAAGUUGAAGCAAGGCCUCAGUAUUCUGAUCGUGAGCUUAUGCAGAAUCACUCAACUGCUUCAAAUGGGAGAAGAGAAGAGGAGGAGGAGGAGGAGGAGGAUGAUAACGACUUCGAUGACAUUUGGCAGCCGCAGUCUGGGCCAAGGUCUGCUGCAGCCCGCAAAAAUCCUAGAACUCGCCAGGCAGCUGCGGAGGAAGAGGAUGAGGAGGACGGCUUCGACGAUAUCUGGCAACAAGAAGCCCGAGAUAACAGUCAUCUGUCCCACAGCUCGAAUGAACGUGAAUCUGCUCCUGCUCAGGAAGCUGCCAACUCUUGGAGGCGGAUAGUCAACACGUCCAACCAAAACCCGCCAAGCUCGUCGCCAGGCUAUGUGGCGAUAGAGCAUAGGGAGCAAACCCUUGGGCCGACACACAUCCGCCAACUGCGCGACCAAGAGGUUGACCUUUCGGCGCUUCUGGCGGAAGAAGAUACUCCAAACCGCGCACGGUACUUCAAUGGAACCAGCACGCCCCGGAGUAUCUUGAGAGGACGCCCUGGUGCCCAAAGCUCGUCCAUCAAUGGGUCCGCGAUCAAGUCUUCCCCGCAAAAGAGAGUUCGUCUACAGCCUAUUUCUCAAUCCUCUAGUCCUGAGAGGGGUGUUGAAGGAAGCCACAGCUCUCCUGUCACCACCGGCCAUUCAUCACAAGCCAAUAACUCGCCCAAGGAUGACAGGGAUGAGAGACCGGCUCAGUCAGACAUGGAGGAAGGUGGACCCGAAGGAGAGGCAUCUGUGGAAGAAAAUGUCGCCGCCACCCCUGAGCCUUCACGUCAGUCCCUAGGUGAACCUUCAUCCUGGUUCAAGCGAAUCACCAGUCUCACACCGAGGUGGCUGAAAGCACCUCCGAAAUCCCAUUAUGACAGCUCUAUCGAUGGCUCUGAAGACAGACAGGAAGACGAGGAAAGCGACCUGGCGCCUGAAGAAAACGCCGACCCACAAGCCACCAUUGAAGUUCCUGAGCCGGACGUUGUAUCUAUCUCAAGCCAGUCACUCUCACAAGAUCCUGAGAGCCCUGAAAAUCGUCAAGAAUUCGCCGAUAACGAUUACAGGCAGGCUUCUUAUGCAAGCCAGUCUCCCGAAGUAGUCAAGGAGGCUCACAUGACGGGUAAUGAGCAAGGGGUGCCGGCCGGGCCUGAGACCACUUGCAGUCGGCAUCCGGAGCGCUUCCCCUACUACGAUACUCCCGGGCGUGCUCAGAUCCUUGGGGACUGGAUCUGGACGUCAGAUGGGCAUCACGGGGUGCCUAUUACGGAAAUGCAAUUUGCUGUCAUUGACCGCUUUGUGCAUGAACUUUCUCACGCGGAUGUACAGUAUGGUGGAUCUGGACAGGUUGAAUGGACAGAGGCUGAGCUGCACCGGAGACUGAUUAGCAUCAUCAUUGGUGAGCAGAUCCGAGAGGAACGGAAGAUAAAGGCCGCCCGCGGUGCCUCUGUUGAUACUUGGCGAUGA